GUCCAAUUUUGCCGAAAAUUUCGCGAAAAUAUUAAAAUGAUCAAAUAAAACAAGUGGUUAACAUUUAUUUAAAGGGCCCAAGUUAAUGCAUCGAAUAUGCUGUCGAGAUUGUUAGGAGAAUUUCUUUUAUUUCUCGUACAUUUGAUUGUAAACGUACUUGUUGCUGUUCAGAAUGUUUAUCACCAAUUUUGGACUAAGAGGGAUGAUUUACCAACGUGUGAGCUGACGAAGAGGGACAUCAGUAUUGUCAUGGAACAUGUGCCAAGAUUGAGAAAGAAGUUGCAUCAUCUGGUUGUGCUGGCCCACACGGAGUAUCACUCUCUCAGCGAUCUAGCACGCGUUGUGAUCUGGAGUCUCGUGGCCGGGAUACCGUACGUCAGCUUGUAUGACGUCACAGGUAAUCUAAAGCAAGAUGAGGAGAAACUGUUUCAUAAGAUUGAACAGCAGAAGAAAGGUGUUCCCGGCUAUAUUAAAUGGGCAAAUAAACCAGAUUUAAAUGGUUAUACCAAUGGUGUGAAUGCACACACAGUGAUUGUCAACAUAUUUAAUUCUUACGACGGAAGACCCAAAAUUGCGCAGUGUGUGAGUCAUAUUGCGGCAGAGGGUAGUAUAGAAAACCACAAAGAACUCACGGUAGAAGAAUUGAAUUAUAGACUUAACCUCAUGUACCCUUCCAUUCCAGACCCAGAUUUAGUUAUUUAUACAGGACCAGUGUGCCGCACAAGUGGUUUUCUACCAUGGCAAAUUAGGCUUACAGAAUUUAUACAGUUAUCUUUAGACCAUAGUGUAAAUGUUAAGAGUUAUAUAGGUGCUCUGUACAAGUAUAAUAAAUGUGAUCAAAGGUUUGGUAAAUGAAACCUUGUAACUUAUAGUGCUAGGCCUAAGUGUUAUGGUUAGGUAAUUAUUUAUUAUUUUAACAUCCCGUAUAGUAAUUGAAAUAAUAUCACAAAUUAUGAUAACAAGUUAAAUUAUUAGAAGACUAUUUUAAACAACAAUGCAUGGCCUUAUUGUCAGUAACACUAAGUUAAUGUGCAUUUACUAAGUCAUUUUGGAGAGUUCAAUAGUACCUAAAUAAAUAACAAUAUAAAAUUAAUAAUUUUAUACAGCUGUAUUAGCUAUGGCAGGGGUUUCCAAACUGUACGCCGUGGCGAACUUGGGAACCCCUGAGCUAUUGUAAUCUCCAGUGUUCAAAAAUAUCUGAUGGUUACUGUGUACUAUUUGUUGUAUGUUGGUAUGUAUUAUUAUUUAUUAGUCCUAUUAGCGUUUUACUAUUUCCAACUUGAGUACACUAAGUAUUGUUACCAAGUCAAACAACAACAUUAAUAAUUAAAUUGGUAGGUAUCUACUUAUCUUGAAGAAGGUAAUGUUUGUAACUUUUGUAAGUUUCAAAUAAAAUCGUUAGUUUGGUUAGGACUUGUUAUUUUCAGUGAACACUACUUACAUAUGACUUAGACUUAAUUUUGUAUCAACUGUGAUAUAAAUAAGUUCAGCAACCAAUUUUAUGUUUCCACAUAUAAAUAGCACACUAUAUUAACAAAAUAUAUAUCGUGUAUAUGGCAUAUCGUGUGAGUCGUGGGAGGAGCUUGCCACUCGGAGAUCGGACUGGCGAACUGCGGUCAACAUAGGUCUCAACGACUUCGAAAGUGCACGCCUCGAAGAUCUUGCUCUCGCGGUAGCCCCUCAGAUUCGAAAAUCUCGACCCAAGCCCUCCUACACAUACACUUACGACUCGAAUGGCGAGCUUUACAGCAUGUCUUGCGGCCGGAAGUUUAAAACAAAACUCGUCACGUUCGAGCCCAUGCACGUCAGGCUUUAAUGAAUACCAGAGGGCCUACCGCGAACUACGUUCGACGUUUUGCCUCUCUGUCGCACUUGUAAAUUCGUACGUAAGUGUGACAGGGAGACAACACGAACGUGGUUCGCGGUAGGCCCUCUGAUACU